AUGGCGUCACGGACGAAUGGCUGGCUGUUUCUGUUCUUGCUCGGCUUGGUUCGGGCUGCUUCAGGACAGAGACUCACCAUCACAGCCGAAGCCGGACAGGACGCCACGCUGCCGUGUGAAAGUGGAAACGAGUCGGAGAUAACCGCUGUGAUGUGGAUCAGACCCGAUCUGGAUCCAGAUCAUGUUUUUUUGUUCAGGGAUGGUCACUUUGAUCAACACCACCAGCAUUCGUCCUUCAGGAACCGGGUGGAUCUGCGGGACAGGCAGAUGAAGGAUGGAGACACGUCUCUGAUCCUGAAGAAUGUGACGAAAAUUGAUACAGGAACAUAUGAAUGUAGAGUCCAUCAGAGAGGAGUCCAGGACAGGGACCGCUUCCAUACCUCCAUCCAUCUGGAAGUGAGUGUGGCUCAGAGCUGCAGCAGCUUCCUGCUUGUUGAUGUCGGAGUCAUCAUGCUGCAGUUGCAUCAGUUUUGGGGCUCCUUGCUGUUGUGGUUGCUGUCUGGAUCCACAAAAGACGCCCGGAUGAGGACACUGUCCGGCCUCUGGCAGCCUGCCGGAGCCCCCUGCAGCCUCAGCAGGUCUGAUGGAGGCCUCACAGGUGCUGUGGAGUAA